CUGGCUCUCUGCUCAGAGAAGGGGACCGAUUCUACUCCAUUCACUGCUACCCUACCUGCCCCAGGUGGUUUAGGAGGUACAUGGACGGGAGGUCUUUGCCCUUCUCAUAAUGCUGGCUCUAAACUAGCUUCAGCUCUUCGCAUAAACACAAGGCAGCUCCGCACUCGCCUAUCAGUCACCUUUUCCUAAGGGACCGUAUGCCCAUACUGUACUUGUGCAGACAGACAAGAGCUAGUUGCCACCGCCUGGAAGACAAUGCUACUGUAGCAAGUCCGUUCCAUUUUGUCCGCCUGAGCACGCACAUCGGCUCCAAGUAGUCGCCGGGAGCGCCAAGCCUUGUCCCCACAUUGAGUAGUACCAACCAGGAAACGUAAGCGCUUGCGUUUCACCUCUGCGCUCUGAUGUCAGAGGCCUUAGGGACUUAGGAAAGAGGGAAGGGACUGGGAGUGAAGGGGUGUACGUAGGAGGGUCUUGGUGGCAGGUCCACACAGAGGAUCGGGGAGGGUCAGUUGGAGGGGGAGUUGAGGACCCACGGGCUCCUCCGUACCAUUCUUCAAGGUUUCAGAACCAACUUGAGUCACGAUAGUCAAAUGUAGCAUAGCGUGCUGCGAACCCGCUCCAGGCGCCCCCGCGGCGCUGGAUGGGACGGUCCUCACCCCCCGAGCCUGCCUUGGUAGUGUCCUAGGGAGGCGAGGCUUAGGGCUGUUGUCUUUAGCAGUGCGCAUGCGCAGUGGAGUGUUUGCUCAGCGCGCGACGUUGUCGUGGCUGAUUUCUCUAGCGCUAGGGGCGGGAUGGCCUGAAAGCCGGGUGCCCAGCUGAGGCGGGGACAUAGAUGGCCGUGGGAUCGUAGUCUCCAGUGCCACCCACCCGCCGGUAUCCUGUCUGGCUCCUGUCACGAGGUAUGUCUACGGCCCAGGAGCUCCUGGGACAGCGAGUGUGAGCAGCGGAUGGGCCAAGAAGCGGCGCUCCCCUUUUGCUCACCUGAAUGCAGAUUGAGGAUGGAUACCCGAAGUUCCUAGAGACAGCUUCGCUGAAAGUGGUGUCAAGCCCAGCCGCUCCGUGUUGGCCCCUGGGACACUCCUGGCAUCCAGUUUAAGACCAUGACUCCUGUGAGCAACCAUGGCGUGGCGGAGAGCAUUUUUGACCUGGACUACGCUUCCUGGAAGAUUCGGUCGACUCUAGCGGUGGCUGGCUUUGUCUUCUACGUGGGCGUCUUUGUGGUCUGCCACCAACUCUCAUCCUCCCUGAAUGCCACCUACCGCUCUCUGGCGGCCAAAGAGAAGGUCUUCUGGAACCUGGCUGCGACGCGUGCCGUCUUCGGCGUCCAGAGCACAGCCGCAGGACUGUGGGCCCUGCUGGGAGACCCCGUGCUCUACGCGGACAAAGCUCUCGGGCAGCAGAACUGGUGCUGGUUUCACAUCACCACGGCCACCGGAUUCUUCUUCUUUGAGAAUGUGGCUGUUCACCUGUCCAAUCUGUUCUUCCGCACCUUUGACUUGUUUCUGGUUGUCCACCACCUCUUUGCCUUCCUUGGGUUCCUUGGUUCAGCGAUCAAUCUCAGAGCUGGCCACUAUCUAGCCAUGACCACGUUGCUCCUGGAGAUGAGCACGCCCUUCACCUGUGUUUCCUGGAUGCUCCUGAAGGCUGGUUGGUCAGACUCCCUGUUCUGGAAGGUCAACCAGUGGCUAAUGAUCCACAUGUUUCACUGCCGAAUGAUCCUCACCUACCACAUGUGGUGGGUGUGCUUCUGUCACUGGGACGCCCUCACCAGCAGCCUGCACCUGCCCCACUGGGCCCUGUUCCUUUUCGGGCUGGCCCUGCUCACAGUCAUCCUUAACCCUUACUGGACACACAAGAAGACCCAGCAGCUUCUCAAUCCUGUGGAUUGGAACUUUGCACAGGCGGAAACCAAGGGCAGCAGGCAAGAAAGGACCAAUGGCCAGGUGCCUCGGAAAAAGAGGCUGUAGUGGCCGCCCAGGGACCGGGUGGACCACGAUGCCAACUGGGAACUGUCCAGGGUUGGGCCAAGCUCCACAAGUGACUUUUUACGUAUGGAUGAGGACAUGAGUGAGUUUACAUCUAGGUGAAUACUGACUUGUUCUUUAGUGUGAAUUCUAAACUACCCAUGAAGUAUUGCUGGGGCCUUGACGUGCCUGCUGGAGGUCUUUGCCAUCAUGACUUUCCUCUGAGUCUUCCAGCCUAGCCCCAACCACAGCAUUAUCUGCCAAGGCAGUGCUGGGGAAGGAGCUAUGGCGGCCAGGUGUGUAGGCCGCUGAGGAGGCCAGGCUGGAUCCCCGAGAGGAUUUAUCAGGAAGGACCCUGUGUGGGUGUGGACGUGCCUUAUUUGGAAGUCAUGUUCUUUUUCAUUGCAAUGAAUUGACCCUAAGAAAAUGUGAUUUGCUGAUAUUUAUUUACUAGCCUGGGGACUUUUGAGCCCGUGGCAGUGCACUGCCCUCUAGUGGCAAGAGGAGGAAGGACACAGUUAUGGUAAGGGGUUCUUGUUGGUGGCUUACUAAGAGUCUGUCCCACCUCUCCUGGCAUGGUGGUGGUGUGAAAUCUUGUACUUCAAAAACAACAACAACAAGACCCCCCAAGCAACCUAGUAACCUCUUUUUUAAAUGAGAAUUUUUAGUGGUAUAUUUCUUAAUUGACAGAAUAAGGUGUCUCGAUCUUUGAGCUAUUUCUCGUUAACCAGAGUGGCUAACCUAGCCAGGUUCUGCUCUGUCUCUCCCCUCCAGGCUGUGAGAGGGGGGUCCUGUACUCAGAGAUGCUCAUCCUGAGUCGCUAGGGCCCAGAGCAAGUAGCUUGUCUGACGUGACCGUGAGCACGUGUGCUCGCUGCACUGUGUGCGGGUUAGACCUCCACACGUGGGCUAGCAAUGCUAUUGGCAGACACCAAAACUUUCUCAGAGAAUAAUUAAAGUACAGUUUUUUUGUUUUUGUUUUUGUUUUGUUUGUCAAAACCACCUGAGAAAUGGUGGUUGCUCUUGAAAAUCAUGUGUGACUUAGGCGUGCCAUGGGUCGUCGGCCUCAGCAUAUUUUGAGUGUUAGCCCUUUAACUUUAUCAGGAUGUAUGAUGCCUAUUUAUUUCAGUCUAAGGAAGCCGUUACUUUGUGUUCCCAAGAUGAUCAGCUGAAAACCCUGUAGCUUCCACGCCUGCUUUGUCGAGGCACCAGCCUGGCAUUUUUUUUAACUGGGCAGAAGUUUAAUAAAGUGACAGCUCUUUCCAAAACCCAAA